AUGCCGCUGCAGCUCCCCAGGAACCGUUGUUCGGUUUUCAUGAGGGAAAACCUCCUGACUCUCCUGACUGUAAUAGGCGUAGUCUCCGGUACCCUGUUAGGAUGGGGCUUAAGGGUCUCCGGGUACGAGUGGACGAGAAGAGAAGUCAUGUACUUUCAGUAUCCUGGCGAGCUGUUCCUUAGAAUGUUGAAGUGUUUGAUAGUGCCAUUGUUGGUGUCAUCCAUCGUAUCUGCCAUCGGAUCCUUGGACUUGAGCCUUUCUGGCAAAGUGGGCCUACGCGCUAUUAUAUACUACAUGACAACGACGGUGUGUGCUGUGAUGCUGGGCAUUGCGCUGGUCACCACUAUUAAACCUGGCAAAGAUCCUGAGGCCUACCAGCAGCCGAACUCUACAAAAGUCGUCACUAAAGACACGCUGACCUCUGAUACUUUAUUGGAUUUAAUGAGGAACGUGUUCCCAGAGAAUAUUGCACAGGCCACUAUUGCGUCCUACAGAACGAGACUGGUCUACGAUAAAAAUGAUACGAAAUCUAUCAAAGGGCAGUUGGAAACGUACAAGAUCGAAGGGGACUACCAGAGUGGCAGUAAUGUGCUUGGGCUGGUGUGCUUCAGCGUGGUACUGGGUAUUACCCUGGGUAAAAUGGGCGAGCAGAGUCGCCCGUUGCAAAAUUUCUUCCAUUCCCUCUCCGAGGCUAUGAUGAUCAUAACUGGAUGGGUUAUUUGGCUGUCACCUCUUGGUGUGUUCUUCUUGGUGACAGCGAAGAUUAUGGAAAUAGAAUCCUUCAGCGAAUUAGUGGGUCGACUCGGUUUGUACUUCAUGACGGUCUUACUUGGGCUGUUCCUACACGGCUUCGGGACCCUUAGUAUCCUGUUCAUUCUCGCGACUAGGAAAUUGCCGUGUCGUUACCUCGCCAAGAUGGGACAAGUUAUGGCCACUGCGUUUGGGACAGCAUCCAGUUCAGCAACAAUGCCUAUCACGAUUGGGUGUUGUGACGACAUGGGCUUGGAUCCCCGCAUCACUCGGUUUGUGAUCCCCAUCGGUGCCACCAUCAACAUGGACGGGACUGCGCUCUAUGAGGCGGUGGCCGCUAUCUUCAUAGCGCAGCUUAGGAAGAUUGAGAUGUCCUUUGGCAAGAUCGUUGCUGUCAGCGUGACAGCGACGGCGGCCAGUAUCGGCGCAGCGGGCAUCCCGCAGGCAGGGUUGGUCACCAUGGUGAUGGUGUUGGAUACAGUCAACCUGCCCGCUGAGGACGUCUCCAUCAUCCUCGCUGUCGACUGGCUGCUGGACCGGUUCCGAACGACGAUAAACGUAGUUUGUGACGCGUUGGGCGCCAUUAUCGUGUCACAUCUUUCUCAAGGCGAUAUCGAGAAAACGCGCGCCUUACAGAACGAUCGUGAUGUACCGAACACUCAUGAACUCACUGAGGUAGAGAAGGGAGAACAUUGA